AAUAAACUGCAGAAGCCACCAAUUCCAUGGCAGAUUCCCAGGUGCCUCUUCGCGCAGCCGUGACCGGACCCACUCCACUCAAAUCUCUAGCCGUCCGUUUCCAUCUCGACGGCUAAUGGACCACCCCAACUCCUUAUAUCGCCUCCCCUGUCGCGGCUUCGCUUCUCGCUCUUAUUUCCAACUCCCCUGACCAGCCUCCGCUGCACAACACUCUCCAAUGGCCGUACAUUACCGCCACCCUCCCGUCGCCGCCCGUUUUCAUGUCUUCCUAUUUCUUCUCUUGAUCGGACACUGCGUCGAAGCCCAAUCACCGCCUAAUGAAAUCACCAGCAACAAUAGCCCUAACAUAUCGCCCACUUUCAACCCAUCCAUGGCCAUCAUCAUCGUCUUGCUUGUCAGCGCCUUCUUCUUCCUCGGCUUCUUCUCCAUCUACAUCCGCAACUGCAGCAACGAACAAAACAACAGCUUCGCCGUCGCCCCCGCCGCCGCCGCCAUCUCCCGCAUACGGAUUCAACAGGGGCUUGAUCCUCACGUUCUCGAAAAUUUUCCGACGCUGGUGUAUUCAGAAGUGAAGGAACACAAAAUCGGAAAGGGCGCGCUCGAGUGUGCGAUCUGUCUCAACGAAUUCGAGGACGACGAGACCAUCCGCCUCCUCCCCGAAUGCGACCACGUGUUCCAUCUGGAGUGCAUAGAUGCCUGGCUCGGCACCCAUGUCACUUGCCCUGUUUGCCGUACUAAUUACGCCCUCCAUUACCCCAAUCGUACAUCCAGAAUACCCGCGCGGAACGAAGGCUCGCUCGUCGCCUCGGCGCCGCUGGAGCCCGUUUUACCUCCCGAUGCUCCGCCGGCGCAUCAUGUGGUGAUUACGCUGGAUGAUAUGGAUGAGAGGAAAGCAGAGAUGAGGGAGUUUGCGAGGAUCGCGAGCAGGGUGAGGGGUAAUGGGCCGAGGAAGUCCAAGCGGUUGUCUAAAUCUCAUUCCACGGGGCAUUCGAUGAUUCUGCAAGGAGAGGCGAAUCUUGAUCGAUACACGUUGCGGCUGCCGGAGAACUUGAGGAAGGAGAUCAUCGCGGCCGGGAAGCUCCAGAGGGCGAGUACCUUCGCCGUGACGGUGAGUGUGGGUGGCGCCGGCGAGACGAGUAUGAGGAAGAUUUCGAGGGGAGGUGGGGAAGGAACCAGCCGGAGUAGCCGCGCUAUUCGGCUCGGCCGGUCGGACCGGUGGCCGUCUUUCUUCGCGCGCUCGCUGUCUUCGAAGAUUUCGACGUUCGGGAACAGGAGGAAGGGGGAGGAAGCAAACGAAAAGGACAUGGUCAUGACCAGGAAGUUAAGCGGCGUUAAAGCUGCAGUGGAUAGUCGCGACGGCGGCGGCGGCGGUAAGGGGGCAGUGGAUAGCCGGGACGGCGGCGGCGGCGGCGGCGGCGGCAACUACUCCGACGAGGCGUCGACGGCGCCGCUAAACCGGGUUUAA